AUGAGAGCGACGGAGGCCAAGGAGAGAGCGACCGUGGAGGCCAGAGAGCGACCGGAGGCCAGAGAGCGCGGAGGCCAAGGAGGCCGACGGAGGCCAAGAGAGCGACGGACAGGCCAUGAAGACGACGGAGCAAGGAGGAUCGACGAGACGGCCAAGAGAGCGGACGGAGGCCAGGAGAGCGACCGAGGGCAAAGAGUAGCGACGGAGGCAAAGAGACCGACGGAGCCAGAGGAGCGGGACGUGAGGCCAGAGAGCGGACGGAGGCCAAGAGAGCGACGGAUAGGCCAGAGGAGCGACGGAUGGACCAGCGAGAUGAGGAAGGCCAAGAGAGCGAGGGAGGGCCAGAGAUCGACGGAGGCCAGAGAGCGACGGAGCCAGAACGGAGCGACGGAGGCCAGGAGGCGACGGAGGCAAGAGAGCGCACGGAGGGGCCAAGAGAGCGACGGAGGCCGAGGAGAGCGACGGAGGCCAAGGAGAGCGACGGAGGCCCAAGAGAGCGACGGAGGCCAGGAGCGACGGGAGGCCAGGGAGAAGCUCGACGGAGGCCAGGAGGAGCGACGCGAGGCCAAUGGAGAACGACGGAGGCCAAAGGAGAGCGGACGGAGGCCAAAGAGAGCGACCGGAGGCCAAGGGAGAGACGACGGAGGCCAAGGAGAGCACGGAGGCCAGGGAGAGCGACGGAGGCCAGAGAGGAGAGAGCGCACCGGAGGCCCAGAAGAGCGACGGAGCCAAGCGAGAGCGACGGAGGCCAAGAGAGCGACGGAGGCCAAGGAGGCGCGGAGGCCAAGGAGGAGAGCGACGGGAGGGCCAUGA